AUGUCCCUUGACAAUGCUAUUAUUGUAGCUGAAGAAGCAAUUAAUUUUGAUAACCUUGAAGAUGAUUACAAUGCUAUAUUAAAAUACAAAGAAGCUAUUGAAUAUUUAAAACUUGCUCAUUCUGAUCCUUCAAAUGCUGAAAGUUAUUCAGUGAUAUUAGAUAAAGUAAUGGAAUACAAUGAACGUGUUAAUUAUCUGGCUGGACUUCAUCCUGGAGAUAUUAAAUUUGAAGAAUUAAUGAAAACACCAGUUAUACUUGACCAACCUUCUUCUAACAAUAUUCCUACUCCUACUCCAGUGAUAGAAGAACCCAAACUAGUUCAAGAAUCUAAACCAAUUAUUACUCAACCAAUUGAACAACCUCAACCAAUUGAACAGCCCCAACCAAUUGAACAACCUCAACCAAUUGAACAACCUCAACCAAUUGAACAACCUCAACCAAUUGAACAACCUCAACCAAUUGAACAACCUCAACCACAAAAUAUUGAGCUAAUAACAAACCGACAAAUAGAAAAACCACAAGAAAUUAUUAAACCAAUAUUCCCCGAUCCAUCUAAGUCCAUUGAAGAAAAGAAAGAAAGUAUUGUUAUUGAACAACGAGAAGAACAGCAAAACAAGCCAAAGGCAUUAGUUGGUGCAGUUAAAGUUAUGCCCACAAUUGAUAGUCCUCAACAACAGCCUAUAAAUAUUAAAAUGAGCCAACCUGAAGAAAAACAAACCCAACCAAUAUUUAGUAUUGCACAGUCAACACCUGUGCCAACAACUGGAACCGCACCAGUAAUGAUGCCAAUGACGCAACCAGUCAUGAAUCCUAUGAUGGCAUCAGUGAAUGGUUAUCUACCUGUCAUAACUCCACAAGGACCAAUGUUAAUGCCAGUAACUCAACCACCAUCACUCCAACAAUCACAACAACCAGUGUUUCCACAUUUUGGAACAGAGUCAAGUUCUUCUUUAAUAGGAGGACCAAUUACACCAAUCACCUCUGCACCAAUUCAAAGUGUACAAGAACAAAAACCUAAAGUACCAAAACAGUCAACCACGGCAUCAAGAACUGCACUCAUUAGAUCAAAGUUAAGUCUUGAACAUCCAUCAACAUUAAAUGGAUUAAAAGCAUGGAAACUGGCCAAACCAUUAGCAGAAAAAGGAAAAGAAUUUGAUAGUCAGACCAAAUAUGCAGAUGCUCUUGCAUAUUAUGAAACUUCAUUAGAUUAUUUUGCACAAGCAUUAAGAGCACCUGAACUUACUGAUAGUAUGAAAAAACAAUUAAAAGAAGAAGUAAAAGCAUAUCUUACAAGAGCAGAACAAAUUAAACCUGUUGUAGUUGAAUUUCUUAAACAAAAUCCAACAUAUUUUGGAGAGACAGAAAAUGAAGAUGAUCAACGAUUAGAAACAUGUAUUGCAUGCAAUAAAAGAAUUGAAGGAGAGUUUGUUAGUGCACUUGGAUAUAACUAUCAUCCACAAUGUUUUGUUGCAAACGUCACAUGUAAGUUAUGUGGGAAACCAUUCUCAUUUCCUAAAAUGGAAUUUAAGAUUUAUAAUGAUCAAGCUUACCACCCAUUAUGUUUUGAAGGGGUAACUGGUCUUGAAAAAGAAGUAACUUAUACUCCAACAUUCCAACAUGGUACUAUUUUUUAUAAAGUCAAGUUACCAAAGAAAAUUUUUAGUGUAAAUGAUUCAUUUAUGUAUGAUAUUACUAUUGAUAAUUCUACUAAUUGUUGUAUUAAUUAUAUUGAAACAGGAUUAUUAUGUGAAGAGACUCGAUUCUCUCGUGGAUUCUCAGGUGAAAUGAAAGGAGAAACAACAAAAACAGAAAUGGCUAAAAAGAAAAUAAUGUUUGAAGGUAAAGUGAUGAAGAAUGGAGUUGUUACUAAAAGUGAAAUGUUUUCAAUAGGAAUGGUUCGUCCAUCACAUCACAAUGAUAUUAUGUUUUAUCGUGGCUAUAAAUUUGUUGUAAGUUUAAAAGUAUCUGGAGUUGCUUUGGGACCAAAAGAAAUAAUCUUUCCAAUAUAUAUUAAUGAAUAA